CUACACUCGGCGCAGGUUCCGGGAGCCGAGCCUCUGCGGGCCGGAAGUGGAGGCGGUUGGUGGGGUUGGCGGGGCUCAGGGACACUGCGCGGGCGGUGGUUCCCUGGUUGCGGCUGGACUGAGCACUGUGGCCGGUGUUGCGCCGUCUGUCCCGACACGGCAGUGGCGGUGGGCGGUGCGCGGCGACGGAGCGGCGACGAGCGCGGGCGCAGCCCCCGCGCCGGGCCCCAUGGCCUCCUCCUGCGCGAGCAUCGACAUCGAAGACGCCACGCAGCACCUGCGAGAUAUUCUCAAGCUGGACCGGCCCGCGGGCGGUUCCAGUGCAGAGAGCCAGCGGCCAUCCAGCACCUACAAUGGGGAUCUCAAUGGACUUCUGGUUCCAGACCCCCUCAACUCAGGGGAUGGUACCUCAAAAAGCAAGCCUGGUCUCCGAGCCAUGCCACCCAUUAGCCUGCAGGAGAAGCAGGUCAUUUGCCUCUCAGGAGAUGACAGUUCUACUUGCAUUGGAAUUUUGGCCAAGGAGGUUGAGAUAGUUGCCAGCAGUGACUCCAGCAUUUCAAGCAAGGCUCGGGGGAGCAACAAGGUGAAAAUCCAGCCUGUAGCCAAAUACGACUGGGAGCAGAAAUACUACUAUGGCAACCUGAUUGCUGUGUCCAACUCCUUCUUGGCUUAUGCCAUCCGGGCUGCCAACAAUGGCUCCGCGAUGGUGCGAGUGAUCAGUGUCAGCACAUCAGAGCGGACCCUGCUCAAGGGCUUCACGGGCAGUGUGGCCGAUCUGGCCUUUGCACAUCUCAACUCUCCACAGCUGGCUUGCCUAGAUGAGGCAGGCAACCUGUUCGUGUGGCGUUUGGCUCUGGUUAAUGGCAAAAUUCAAGAGGAGAUCUUGGUUCAUAUUCGGCAACCCGAGGGCACACCACUGAACCACUUCCGAAGGAUCAUCUGGUGUCCCUUCAUCCCUGAGGAGAGUGAGGACUGCUGCGAGGAGGGCAGCCCAAUAGUGGCCCUGCUGCACGAGGACCGGGCUGAGGUGUGGGACCUGGACAUGCUCCGCUCUAACCAUAGCACCUGGCCUGUGGAUGUCAGCCAGAUCAAACAGGGCUUUAUCGUGGUGAAAGGCCACAGCACGUGUUUGAGUGAAGGAGCACUCUCGCCGGAUGGGACUGUGCUGGCUACUGCCAGCCAUGAUGGCUAUGUCAAGUUCUGGCAGAUCUACAUCGAGGGACAGGAUGAGCCAAGGUGUCUGCAUGAGUGGAAACCUCAUGAUGGGCGACCCCUCUCCUGCCUCCUCUUCUGUGACAACCACAAGAAACAGGACCCUGAGGUCCCAUUUUGGAGGUUCCUCAUUACUGGUGCUGACCAGAAUCGAGAGCUGAAGAUGUGGUGCACAGUGUCCUGGACCUGCCUCCAGACCAUUCGCUUCUCCCCAGAUAUCUUCAGUGCGGUUAGUGUCCUCCCCAGCCUCAAGGUUUGUCUGGACCUCUCAGCAGAGUACCUGAUUCUCAGUGACGUUCAACGGAAGGUCCUUUAUGUGAUGGAACUGCUCCAGAACCAGGAGGAGGGCCACGCCUGCUUCAGCUCCAUCUCCGAGUUCCUGCUCACCCACCCUGUGCUGAGCUUCGGUAUCCAGGUUGUGAGUCGCUGCCGGCUGCGACACACUGAGGUGUUGCCAGCCGAGGAAGAGAACGACAACCUGGGGACUGAUGGUCCCCACGGAGCUGGUGCUGUGGAAUCUGCAGCUGGGGUGCUUAUCAAGCUCUUCUGUGUUCACACAAAAGCACUGCAGGAUGUGCAGAUUCGCUUCCAGCCGCAGCUGAACCCUGAUGUGGUAGCCCCACUCCCCACUCACACUGCCCAUGAGGACUUCGCAUUUGGAGAUUCUCGGACUGAGCUGACCCCCGAUGGGCUGGGGUCAUCCUCUCCUGGCUCCCAGCCCGACCUUCGCCGUAUUGUGGAGCUACCUGCACCUGCCGACUUCCUUAGUCUGAGCAAUGAGACCAAACCCAAACUCAUGACACCUGACGCCUUCAUGACACCCAGCGCCUCCCUGCAACAGAUCACUGCAUCUCCCAGUAGCAGCAGCAGCAGCAGCAGCAGCGGCCCUCUUACAGCUGUGUCUGCUAUGAAUAGCGCCUCUGUUGUGGACCCCUCCUUGCCCAGGCCACCUGAGGAAUUGACCUUGAGCCCCAAGCUGCAGCUGGAUGGUGGCCUGACAAUGAGCAGCAGCAGCCUGCAGGCAAGCCCACGCAGCCUCCUGCCCAGCCUGCUCCCGGCCUCGGCUGACAAGUUGACCACCAAAGGGCCUGUGCAGGUGUCCACCACUGCCUCUUCACUGUCCUUGGAACUGCAGGAGGUGGAGCCCCUAGGAAUACCCCAGGCCUCUCCCAGCCGGACCCGCUCUCCUGAUGUUAUCUCCUCAGCCUCCACUGCCCUAUCCCAGGACAUCCCUGAGAUUGCAUCUGAGGCCCUGUCCCGUGGCUUCGUCUCCUCUGCUCCUGACGGCCUUGAACCAGAUAGUAUGGCCUCAGCUGCCUCGGCACUACACCUGCUAUCUCCACGGCCCCGACCAGGGCCUGAGCUGGGCUCACAGCUCGGUCUGGAUGGAGGCACAGGAGAUGGUGAUAGACAUAGCACCCCCUCCCUCCUGGAAGCAGCCUUGAACCAGGAAGUGGUGGCCCCUGACAGUCAGGUCUGGCCUACAGCGCCCGACAUUACUCGUGAAACCUGUAGCAGCCUGGCGGAGAGCCCCAGAAACGGCCUGCAGGAAAAACACAAGAGCCUGGCAUUUCACCGACCACCUUAUCACCUGUUGCAGCAACAUGACAGCCAGGAUGCCAGUGCUGAGCAAAGUGACCAUGACGAUGAGGUGGCAAGCCUUGCCUCUGCCUCAGGGGGCUUUGGCACCAAAGUUCCCACCCCACGGCUGCCUGCCAAGGACUGGAAGAGCAAAGGGUCCCCUCGGACCUCACCCAAGCUCAAGAGGAAGGGAAAGAAGGACGAUGGGGAGUUGGCUGUGGGAUCCCGGCUUACAGAACACCAGGUGGCAGAGCCCCCAGAGGACUGGCCAGCAAUAAUUUGGCAACAGCAGCGAGAGCUGGCAGAACUACGGCACAACCAAGUAGAACUGCUGCAACGUCUGUGCUCUCAGCUCGAAGGCCUGCAGAGCACAGUCACUGGGCACGUGGAACGUGCCCUUGAGACCCGGCACGAGCAGGAGCAGCGGCGGUUAGAGCGGGCACUGGCUGAAGGGCAGCAGCGAGGUGGACAGUUGCAGGAGCAGUUGACACAGCAGCUGUCCCAGACACUGUCUUCAGCUGUGGCUGGGCGGCUUGAGCGCAGUAUACGGGAUGAAAUCAAGAAGACGGUGCCUCCGUGUGUUUCCAGGAGUCUGGAACCUGUCGCAGGCCAGCUGAGCAACUCAGUGGCCACCAAGCUUACAGCUGUGGAGGGCACCAUGAAAGAAAACAUCUCCAAGCUGCUCAAGUCCAAGAACUUAACAGAUGCCAUCGCCCGAGCAGCUGCAGACACGUUACAGGGACCAAUGCAGGCUGCCUACCGUGAAGCCUUCCAGAGUGUGGUGCUGCCUGCCUUUGAGAAGAGCUGCCAAGCCAUGUUCCAGCAGAUCAAUGACAGCUUCCGGCUAGGCACGCAGGAAUACUUGCAGCAACUAGAGAGCCACAUGAAGAGUCGGAAAGCACGGGAACAGGAGGCCCGUGAGCCGGUGCUUGCCCAGCUGCGGGGCCUGGUCAGCACACUGCAAGGUGCCACUGAGCAGAUGGCAGCCACUGUGUCCAGCAGUGUUCGGGCUGAAGUGCAGCACCAGCUGCAUGUGGCUGUGGGCAGCCUGCAGGAAUCCAUAUUAGCCCAGGUACAGCGCAUAGUAAAGGGUGAGGUGAGCGUGGCGCUCAAGGAGCAGCAGGCUGCGGUUACUUCCAGCAUCAUGCAGGCCAUGCGCUCAGCUGCUGGCACACCAGUCCCUGCAGCCCAUCUUGACUGCCAGGCCCAGCAAGCCCAUAUCCUGCAGAUGCUGCAGCAAGGCCAUCUCAAUCAGGCCUUUCAGCAGGCCCUGACGGCUGCUGACUUGAACCUGGUGCUGUAUGUGUGUGAAACUGUGGACCCAGCCCAGGUUUUUGGGCAGGCACCUUGCCCACUUUCUCAGCCUGUGCUGCUCUCCCUCAUCCAGCAGCUGGCCUCUGACCUUGGCACUCGAACUGACCUCAAGCUCAGCUACCUGGAGGAGGCUGUGAUGCACUUAGACCACAGUGAUCCCAUUACUCGGGACCACAUGGGUUCCGUCAUGGCCCAGGUGCGCCAGAAGCUCUUCCAGUUCUUGCAGGCUGAGCCACACAACUCACUUGGAAAAGCAGCACGCCGUCUCAGUCUCAUGCUGCACGGCCUUGUGGCACCAAGCCUCCCUUAGCAACCAAGCCCACCUUGCCCAGGAUGAAGUGACACUGAAGACCGGCAGAGAGGGGUUGGCAAGCUCGUGUCUGCCUUUACCAGCUUAGGUCCCCAUCUCUGGGAUAUGUGGGGACAGGGCACUGGUUUGGUCUACAGAUUGUGGUAGCCAGCAGGCUUAGGCUGGACCCAGGAUGGAUGCUGUGCCUUCUUGGGCUCCGUCAUGCCUGGAACAUGACCCCGAGAUCGUGAUACCACUUGAGUUGAAUUUUCCACGUUCCUUUUUACCUCUAAUUUGGAUCUGUUUUUCAAACAUUGAGAAAUUCAAUUAAAAUGCUUUUGGAAUAAAA